GCUGUGACGCUACUUCCUGCCGGUUCGCGCGCAUUUUUAAGGCUUCGGUUUCUCCUGCGCAGUUCAGACUCCGGCGUUGCGCAGUUCGUUUCGUCCGGCGGCGGCGGCGGCGCUUCCUUGACUCUCGAAAUGCCGGUUAAAAGAGCACUGAAAUUAGAUGGUCUAAUAAAAGAAAAGCCAUUUGAGUCUUCAGAAAUCAUAAGGAAGCUGAGUAUUACAACUUAUUCUCCAACAACUGGGACUUGUCAAAUGAGCCCAUUUGCUUCUCCCACUAACUCUGAAGAACAAGAGUACAGAAGUGGACCAUCAUAUGGAAAGAGAAAAAAAUUGAAUCAUCACAACUUAACUGAACGAGAAGAAUCUACCACAGAAGACAAUGAUGAAUUCAUGAUACUGCUAUCUAGAGUUGAGAAAUCAUCAGAAGAAAUCAUGGAAAUAAUGCAAAACUUAAGUAGUAUACAGGCCUUGGAGGGCAGCAGAGAGCUUGAAAGUCUGCUUGGUGUCUCCCGCAUCUCCUGUUUCUUACAAAGAGAAAUGCAGAAAACCAAAAAACUAAUGACAAAAGUAAUAGAACAAAAACUGUUUGAAAAGAAGAGUUCGGGACUUCUUCACCAUGAAUGUCGCCAUGACAGCUAUGAAUUCCUUAAAGCCAUUUUAAACUGAGAGACAGAGUCUCACUUUACCACCUUCGGUAGAGUGCCAUGAUGUCACAGGACUCACAGCAACCUCUAGCUCUUGGGCUUCCGCGAUUCUCCUGCCUCAGCCUCCUUUGCAGCUGGGACUACAGGCGCCCGCCACAACACCCGGCUAUUUUUUGGUUGCAGUUCAGCCGGGGCUGGGUUUGAACCCGCCACCCUCGGCAUAUGGGGCCGGCGCCCUACUCACUGAGCUACAGGCAUCACCCUAUUAUCUUUAUUUUAUAGGUGAGUCUGAGGCAUGAAAUGGCUAAGUACCCUGUCACAGAAUUAUGUAAGAGACACAGCUGGGAUACUAAGCUAAGUGGUUUGGUGCUGUAGCCCAUGCUCUUGACCACUGCACACUAAUAAUUAUGCAUAUCAGGUUUCACUGCUGGCCUAGGAUUUUAUAUCCAAUUAAGGAUAUAUUCAUUCAUUUUAAGGGUAAACAUUGUAUAAAAUUUCUGAUUCAUCGUAAAAAUCAUGGAGACUUUACAUCUUUUGUAUUUUACGUGGAUGGGUGAAACACUUUUUUUUUUUUUUGGAGACAGUUUCGCUUGGUCACCCUGGGUAGAGUGCUCUGGCCUCACAGCUCACAGCAACUUCAAACUUCUGGGCUCAAGCUAUUCACUUGCCUCAGCCUCCCAAGGAGCUGGGACUACAGGGCCCCACCACAACGCCCUGCUAUUUUUUAGAGACAGGGUCUUGCUCUUACUCAGGCUGGUCUCAAACUCCAGAGCUCAAGCAGUCCACCCACCGUGGCUUCCCAGAGUGCUAGGAUUAUAGGCAUGAGUCAUUGCACCCGACUCUAUGAAACACGUCCUUAGUAAAGUAUCACACGAAUGGAAAAACAAGUAUCCAAAGUACUCAAUACCAAUACGAAACCAAUAUAUAAACACUACAUUCUCACACAAAAGAACAAGUAUAUUCUAGGAGGGGGAG